ACCUUUCACACGUGUUCAUGAUGGAGUAAUGUGUAUCUUUACUUUAAGUUUCGUUCGUAAAAAACGGGAGAGUUCAUGUUAAUCGCACAUCACCUACCAAAAUGAAGGUCAAAGUACUAAGCAGAAACCCAGAUGAUUAUAUUCGAGAAACAAAGAAGGAUAUACAGCGAGUGCCAAGGAACUAUGACCCAUCUCUCCACCCUUUUGAAGUCCCGAGAGAAUACAGCCGAGCCCUGAAUGCAGUCAAGCUGGAGCGAGUGUUUGCUAAACCUUUCCUGGCUUCCCUGGAUGGGCACAGGGAUGGGGUGAACUGCAUGGCCAAACACCCCCAGAGCCUGUCCUCUCUGCUUUCAGGAGCCUGUGAUGGAGAGGUAAAAAUUUGGAACUUGACCAAGCGCGAGUGUGUCCGUACUUUGCAAGCACACGAAGGCUUUGUGAGAGGGAUGUGUGUACGGUUCUGCGGUACUUCAUUCUUCACAACCGGCGAUGACAAGACCAUCAAGCAAUGGGAUAUGAACGGACCUGGAUAUGGGGAAGAAGAGGAGCCUCUUAACACUAUUCUUGGCAAGUCAGUGUACACGGGAAUUGACCAUCAUUGGAAGGAGGGAACCUUUGCCACGUGUGGCCAACAGGUGGACAUCUGGGAUGAGCAGAGAACUAGCCCCAUCCGCAGUUUCUCCUGGGGUGUGGAUAGUAUCAUCAGUGUCCGCUUCAACCCUGUGGAGCCUGAACUUCUUGCGAGCUGUGUUUCUAACCGGAGCAUCGUGCUGUACGACAUGAGGCAGGCGACUCCGCUGAAGAAGGUCAUAAUGAAAAUGCGGAGCAAUGCUUUGUGUUGGAAUCCAAUGGAAGCCUUUAUGUUUACAUGCGCGAAUGAAGACUACAACUUGUACACCUUUGACAUGCGACGUCUGGACUCACCCGUCAUGGUGCACAUGGACCACGUGUCGGCAGUCCUGGAUCUUGAUUAUUCCCCGACCGGGAAGGAGUUUGUCUCCGCCAGUUUUGAUAAAUCCAUCCGCAUUUUCCCAGCGGACUCGGGGCACAGCAGGGAGGUUUACCAUACAAAGCGCAUGCAGCACGUUAUCUGUGUGAAGUGGUCAUCGGACAGCAAAUACAUUCUGAGCGGUUCAGACGAGAUGAACAUCCGUCUGUGGAAAGCUAAUGCUUCAGAAAAACUUGGAGUGCUUGCUCCUCGGGAAAAAGCCGCACUGAACUACAACCAGAAGCUGAAGGAGAAGUUCCAGCACCACCCCAAGAUCCAGCGCAUUGCUCGUCACCGUCACCUGCCCAAAACCAUCUUCAGCCAAAUCAAGGAGCUGCGGAUCAUGAGGAACGCUCAACGCAGAAAGCUAAUGAAUGUUCGCAAGCACAGCAAGUCUGGUUCUGUGCCUGUGAUGACGGAAAGAAAGAAACACAUGGUGGCUGUCGUGGAAUAGCUGAGGACAACCAGCGAUGGGACUAAAAUCUACCAUUCCUACCAAGGACCCAAUGAAUCCCAGCUCAUUUUCUCCUUUACAAAAGCUGAAAAACAAGAUAUUGAUAUUGCUCCACAAUGUAGACUUUUUUUUAUUCACAGUUCUGUUUAGUACCUUUAAAAUAAACCUGUCUCCCAUGUCUUCAGUA